GCCACUUCAGCACCUAUUUGGAAAAUGGCGUUACUGUCAGUUCCGGUGCACAUGGCAGUAGUGAGGCUAUGUCGUGUUCGUGUAAACUGUUCAGUCACACCUUCCCUGUUUAUUGUUGAAUGAAUACACCGAAAAUAUGUCCAAACUAUAUGUUCUUUUUGAACAUGCAGCGGGAUACGCCUUGUUCAGUGUCAAGGAGUUCGAGGAGGUGGGAAUGCUUCUGCCUCAGGUCGAAGCCUCCGUAACUGAUCUUGCCCGUUUCAAUGCAGUUGUAAACCUCAUUGGAUUUUCGCCUUUUAAAACUGCCCUCACUGCUCUAGAGAAUGUGAACAGUAUAUCUGAGGGUGUGGUUCCUAUUGAUCUGAAGCUCUUUUUGGACUCCAGUUUACCUGGAAAGAGGAAAAAAAUUGUGCUCGGUGUUGGCGACCCCAAGCUAGGUGCCAGCAUAGGCGAAGCACUCGAAAUUAAAUGCGAUCACACUGGAGUUGUGCCAGAACUUCUCAGAGGAAUUCGAUUCCAUUUCCAUAAUCUUGUGAAAGGAUUCACUGUCAAAAGUUCUGGAGUUGCUCAGCUUGGACUGGGUCACAGCUAUUCUAGGGCUAAGGUCAAGUUCAACGUACAUAGAGUCGAUAACAUGAUCAUCCAGAGCAUCGCGCUUCUUGAUCAGUUGGACAAGGACGUCAAUACUUUCAGUAUGCGAAUUCGUGAGUGGUACAGUUAUCACUUUCCAGAGCUUGUAAAAAUAGUUCCCGAGAACUACAUGUUCUCCAAGGUAGCACAGCUGAUAAAAAAUAGAAAAGAACUCACUGAGGAAAAGCUUGAGGCUCUUGAAGAAAUAGUGAUGGACAGCGCAAAAGCGCAAGCCAUAAUUGAUGCGUCGAAGUCCUCCAUGGGAAUGGACAUAAGUCCGGUUGAUUUAUUGAACAUAGAAAUGUUUGCCGGCCGAGUAAUUGCCUUGGCAGACUAUAGAAAGCAGCUAGCAGAGUAUCUGAGAUCAAAAAUGGCUGGUGUAGCACCAAAUUUAGCUACUCUUAUUGGAGAUCAAGUUGGAGCUCGACUGAUUGCUCAUGCCGGAUCGUUGACAAACUUAGCAAAGUAUCCCGCGUCCACAGUGCAGAUUUUGGGUGCAGAAAAAGCUCUUUUCAGAGCUUUGAAAACUAAGGGAAACACUCCAAAAUAUGGACUUCUUUUCCAUUCGACGUUCAUUGGGAGGGCAGGGACCAAAAAUAAGGGAAGGAUUUCCAGGUAUCUGGCGAACAAAUGCUCCAUUGCUUCGAGAAUUGACUGCUUCACGGAUACUCCGACAAAUAUUUUUGGUGAGAAGCUACGACAACAGGUAGAAGACAGAUUGAAGUUUUACGAAACCGGUGAUGUACCGAAGAAGAAUAUCGACGUCAUGAAAGAGGCCUUGGAAGAAGCGGCACUCAUUGCUCCUCCUACGAAUGGAGAAGAGUCACCUAAAAAAAAGAAGAAAAAAGACAAGAAGAGGAAGAGUGAGGCAAUGGAGAAUGGAAAUUCUAACGGAACAUUGUCUAACAAUGUAACAAUUGAGGCUGAGGCUGAAGUCGACGAUGCAGAAGAAGUACCGAAGAAAAAGAAAAAAAAGAGGAAGUCCAAGAGUCUGGAAGAAAACGAGUGAACUGCAGCAAAACGACGAUACGAUGAAUUCAAACCUGAACAUCAUUUCCAUUGUAUUACUACUAAAUAAUCUCACUUACUGUUUUCGCUAUUGAUAAACCGUAGAAGUUAUAAUUGAAUAGUCAAACUAGAAUAUAAUACCAAUAGACAAGCAAUUCUUGUUGAAUAGCACUUCAUAAGAAUAUUUUUGUAAUUUGUAAAUUAUAGCACACUUGAGUUUAGUAUUUUAUAAUAAUACAAAUCUUGUAAAUAUCACUCUUGACUACAUUCAAUAAUUGUUAUUCUCUUCUUUCUACGAUAGAUUGUGACUACUGGUUUGACUAUUCAAUUAUCAUAACUUAAUGUUUACGCAUUUGUAAACCUUGCAAUCAUAUAAUGUAUCGUCAAACAGCUAAUAAUUUCAGGACCAUGAAAAUAUGAUGACCUCAUCAUAUCCAUUUAUUUGACAUGAAAGAAAAAAAAUUAUUCUAUGUAUAUUGAAUAGUAAAAAAUCGAAGAAACGUAUUGUAAAAUUA